ACAGCCCAGCAGCAAUCUCUUCUCGGAAAGACAAGAAGACCACGUACAGCGUUCACAAGCCAGCAACUCUUGGAACUGGAGAGGCAGUUUAGAAUGAGCAAGUACCUUUCUAGGCCUAAGAGGUUUGAAGUCGCUACGUCACUAUGUCUCACGGAAACACAGGUGAAGAUUUGGUUUCAGAACCGGCGCAUGAAAUGGAAGCGAGGAAAGAAAGCU